GGCACUAUAUUUUUGUCUCUAUGUACUUUUUAUACUAAAAAUAAGGUUGUUGAAGAGCAAUGGCUGAUGUUAAAGGAACUUCGUGUAUGCUUUGCUUUAAAUAUAUAACCGAUGAAGGUUUUGAAGUGGUAGACAACGGUAUCAGAGACAUGCUAGAUGUUCUUUUGCUGAAAUUUAAAUUUGAUAACGAUAGCAAGGAGGUUAUAUGUAACGUUUGCAGAAGAAAGUUAAAUUCGGCGUCAGAAUUUAAGUCAACAUGUAUGAAUACCGAUAAGGCAAUUAUUCCUUAUGUGGAUCGCGAGAAAAUGUUACAGCUCGACUUAAGAGAUGUGUACAUGCAGGAAAAGAAAAGUGAAUUAGUUUGCAGUCAGAAAAUAUGUCGCUUGUGUAUGCAGCCAGUAGCAAGUGAGUUUAUGUGCAUACGUGAAGUGGAACUUGAAGCUAUUCAGAAAUUGACUCCAGAAAUGAAUAUAAAUAUCAUCAAAGAUCCCGUUGUAUGUAAGCCAUGCUUCGAUUCUCUGUGUACUCACAACAGUUUUCUAAAAGAUAUCUCAGUGGUAGAAGAAAAAAUUAAAAGUACUUUUGAUAGUUCAGCCACAGGAAGUCAAAUAGAUAUGUCUUCACUUGAGUUAUUGGUUAAAACUGAAAACUUGGACAAAGAAUUCGAUAUUAAUGAGAUGGAAAUGUCCAUCAAAGUUGAAAGUAUCGACAUAAAGUCGGAAGUUGAGGACAGGGGAGACACGCCACUUCAGAGUUCCGAUAACGUACCCUUCGAGGAGAAUGCCUGUAAAAAUGAAGAAGAAGAUGGAUGUAAACAUGAGAAUGCAUCAGAAAUGACAACCAAGCAGGAGCACCUGUUGAAGCAUAAAGAUCAGUCUCAGGUUCAAAUAUACAGGUGUAAAGACUGCGAUUACGAAACUAAAUACAAGCGUUGUUUCAAACGGCACCAACUGAAACAUAAAGAUCCUUUGCAGAAAUGUGAUAACGAGAGCAAAGAGGUUAUAUGUAACGUUUGCAGAAGAAAGUUAAAUGCGGCUUCAGAAUUUAAGUCAACAUGUCUGAAUACCGAAAAUACAAUUAUUCCUUAUGUGGAUAGCGAAAAAAUGUUACAGCUCGACCUAAGAGAAGUGUACAUGCAGGAAAAGAAAAGUGAAUUAGUUUGCAGUCAGAAAAUAUGUCGAUUGUGUAUGCACCCAGUAGAAAGCGAGUUUAGGUGCAUACUUGAAGAGGAACUUGAAGCUAUUGAGAAAUUGGCUCCUGAAAUGAUUAUAAACAUCGUCAAAGAUCCCGUUGUGUGUAAGCCGUGCUUGGAUUCUCUGUGCACUCACAAUAGUUUCCUGAAAGACUGCUUAGAGGUAGAGGAAAAAAUUGAGAGUACUUUUGAUUCUUCAGCCACAGAAAGUCAAAUAGAUACGUUUUCUCUUAAUUUAUUGGUUAAAGCCGAAAACUUGGACAUAGAAUUCGAUAUCAACAAGAUGGAAAUGUCUGUCAAAGCUGAAAGUAUCGACAUAAAAUCAGAAGCUGAGGAAAGGAGCUACACGCCACUGCAGAGCUCCGAUAUUGUGCCAUUCGAGGAGAGUGUCUGUAAACAUGAAGAAGAGGAUGGAUGUAAACAUGAGAAUGGAUCAGAAAUGAAAACCAAGCAGGAGGGCAGAGUAUUGUACAAAUGUGAUAAAUGCAUUUAUGAAACCGAAAGCGAGAUCCCUUUUACAGCACACUGUGCGAGACACGAGAACGAUUCGGAAGUGAAUAGAUCUGAAUCGUGUGAGUACGAAACUGAAAAUAAGAAAUUACUUCAGAAGCACCCGUUGAAGCAUAAAGAUUCUUUGCAGAUUCAAAUGUACAGGUAUAGUUGGAGACGGAAGACGGCCGUAUCUUUGUCUAUGGCCGUAUCUGUGCUGUCCAGCUGUCAGAAGAAGCUAAAAAGGUUAGAAGUGGCCAAGAAUCGUAUAUAA